GUGUUUGUGAGACUGUAUUGACUGUGUUUUUAUUGCAGAUGCGCUCCAGAAACCCACCAUUUCCCUGGAGCCAAAUUACCAGGUGUUCGUGAGAGGGGAAAUGCCUCGGAUCUCGUGUUCAGGGAAUUAUCGCGGCAGUAAAUUCUCUUUAUACCGAGACGGCGAGUCUAUCACAUCACAACGAGCUCCAGGGUAUAGCAACGCGACCACGUUCCCCCCAUCGGAGAUCAGGGCAGGAAAUCACUGGUGUCAAUAUACUGAACUCGUGGGAGGCCGAGAGCUCCCAUCACCAGAGAGCGAGCGAGUGGCAAUCACUGUGUGGGAUCCGCUCCAGAAACCCAACAUUUCUCUGAAGCCAAAUUCCCGGCAGUUUGUGAGAGGGAAAAGCGCUGAGAUCUCAUGUUCUGGCAAUUAUGUUAGCAGCAAUUUCUCUUUAUACAGAGACGGCGAGUUUAUCAUAUCACAAACAACUCCAGAGAAUAACAAGACAGCAAUGUUCACCAUAUCCGAGAUCAGUGCAGGAAACUACACCUGUAACUAUACUACUGUUAUAGACGGCCGAGAUUUCACAUCACCGGAGAGCGAGCGAUUGGGAAUCUCUGUGUCGGGAACCUGGACCGGGAUGCACACUGCAGUACUGGCUGCGGGAAUUGUCACUGCGUUAGCGAUCAUUGUGUUUAUACUGGGAUUCUGUCUGUACAAGAGACGUAAACAGAAGAGUCCAAUGGCCGUACCCGCAGGAGGCGACCCCCAAAGCAGCACCGACACAUGUGAGUGAUAUCUUCCCC